GGUACAUGUAGGUAACUAUGUAGAUGUUGCCCCGCCAUCGCCAUCAUCAUAGGCAAAAUGUUGUAAUAUGUAGUAAGGAGAAUUCCUCCCCAACAUCCUUAGUCACCUGCUAUGUACUGCCGACCUUGAACAUUAAAAAUUCUACAACGUAAAUUGAAGAUCUGGAAACUUACUACUUCAUACUUCCCAUUGUUCUUUAUACCAUUAUCGUGACUGCUUCUAUUACAACUUCCCUAGAAUAUCAUAAUACCCAAACCCAAAUAUGUCUACCUCACUCGACCAGCUCAAGAGCACUGGCACUGUCGUUGUCAGUGACUCUGGUGACUUUGCCAGCAUCGGAAAGUAUAAGCCGCAAGAUGCGACCACCAACCCUUCUCUUAUUCUCGCCGCUUCCAAGAAGCCCGACUACGCCAAACUGAUCGACUCUGCUGUCGACUAUGCCAAGGCCAAGGGUGGAGACAUUGACAGCCAAGUUGAUGCUGCCCUAGACCGACUUUUGGUUGAGUUCGGCAAGGAAAUCCUAAAGAUCAUUCCCGGCAAGGUCUCGACCGAGGUGGAUGCUCGUUUCUCCUUCGACACCAAGGCCUCCGUUGACAAGGCCCUGCACAUCAUCAGCCUCUACGAGGAGCAAGGCAUCUCCAAGGACCGUAUCCUAAUCAAGAUUGCCUCAACGUGGGAGGGUAUCAAGGCCGCUGAGAUCCUACAGCGUGACCAUGGCAUUAACUGCAACCUUACUCUCAUGUUCUCGCUCACUCAAGCUAUUGCCGCCGCUGAGGCUGGCGCUUUCCUGAUCUCUCCCUUCGUCGGCCGUAUUCUCGACUGGUACAAGGCCGCCACAAAGAAGGAGUACUCCAAGGAGGAGGACCCCGGUGUCAAGUCCGUCCAGAGCAUCUUCAACUACUACAAGAAGUUCGGCUACAAGACUAUCGUCAUGGGUGCCUCAUUCCGAAACAUUGGCGAGAUCACCGAGCUUGCCGGCUGUGAUUACCUUACCAUCUCCCCUAACCUCCUUGAGGAGCUAUUGAACUCGACUGCACCAGUUCCCAAGAAGCUCGACGCCUCUGGCGCGGCCGCUCUUAACAUCGCCAAGAAGUCGUACAUCAACGACGAGCCCCUCUUCCGUUUCGCCUUCAACGAGGAGCAAAUGGCCGUUGAGAAGCUACGUGAGGGUAUCAGCAAGUUCGCCGCUGACGCCGUCACUCUUAAGGACAUCAUCAAGGAGAAGAUCUCCGCAUAAAUCACUACACCGACGUGGAAGUGAGUUUCAGAUGACUGCUACUGCAUAGAGAAACCGGCUGUUUUUAAGAGGUCUCUAGAAUGCAUAAUAAAUUUCAGCCUCUCUCGUCUCGUUCCCGCGAUGCUUUUUUACGGGGCAUCCAUCCAUCAUUGAUUGGUACGGAAUCUAACAUGGUCCAAGAAGAAAAAAAAUUGGCAGGUUCUGCGUUCUGCGUUCUGCUGGGCGUUGUCCAUUAGGUAGUCAAAUAAGAAAAAAAAAUAGAGUUGAUUCAUGAUCA